CCACGGGAGGUGGUUUUUCCCUCUUUCCACGAGCAGGAGUUGAUUUCCCACCUGACCCUGUGGUUCGGGACUUCGAGGAGAUGAUCUCAUAGGGCUGAACCAGUUGGACCAGUGGGCGAGGACUGGUGCCUGGCCUCGCUGCAGUGGAGGUGGUGAGGCAGCUGUGUCACCGGGAGAGGAGGGCACGGGCAGGACGUGCCAGGCUCCAGCACACACAGGGCUCUGCUGCAGCAGCUCCAGCCCAGGACAGCCGUGAGCAGCUCCUGCAUGUCACCGGGAGAUGGACCCCCGGAGAGGGCAAGAGCCCACCAACGUGAUCGGGGCUGUGCUGGGCAUCGGGCUGGCCUUGCUGAUCCUGGUGGUUUUUGGCUACACCUUCAUCCGGUGGUACCAGAGGGGCUGGUGCUGGCACCGGCCUGACUUCGUCUUCAACCUCUACCACACGCACGGGCUGGGGUCAGUGGCAGUGGAGCUGGUGCCCCCGUUCAGCAUCAGUGGCUCUCUGAGCACCACGGGCAGUGGCUACAAGCCCUUCCACACCCGGGGGCCGUGAGGAGGGAGCCGGGCUGCUGAGCAGAAUCACAGAAUAGCUGGGGUUGGAAGGGACCUCUGGGGACCACCUGGUCCAAACUGCCACUGGAAGAAGUGACACAGGAAUGCAUCCAGGAGGAUUUUGAAUGUCUCCAGAGAGGGAGACUCCACACUCUCCCUGGGCAGCUCCUCCAUCUGCUCCCCAGCCACAGCUCUCUUGCUGUCCUUCCCUGGCCACGGGCAGCACAGGAGGUGCCUGGGGCUGGCACUGGCACAGCCUCCCCUCGCUUGGGAUGGAGGAAGAGGAUGCGACCUCGUCCCAGGCUCCCUCAGCACUCAUCCCAGAGAAAACAGCCACUCUCCCCACGGCUCAGAGACCCUCCAGUCCUCGGGACCAGCCACCUGCAUGCCCAGGAGACCUGGGACUGUGAGUGCAGGGCACCAGCUAAGGAGGACAGCCAGGAGCCCCAGAACUGGGUGGCUGGGUUUGUGCAACUGUGGAAAAUGCUGUGAAGAAAUGGGAAAUCUGCUCCAGGCCCCCUCCUCGCUCCAGUAUCUGGACCAAUGUGGGAGUUUGCCCCCUGCACCAACAGUGCAAGCAAACACCUCAGAAGGCCCCUGUGAGGUUUGUCCUGAUUUUUUCGUACUGACUGCCUUCAGUCUCAGCAGAGCAAGUGGCUGUGGAAGUGCCCAGAGCAUGAGAGCAGCCAUGGGGAAGGUGCUGUGGCCACAGAAAGGGACCAUUUCUAUACAAACUUUCUUCAGAAGGAAAAUAAAGAGAAACUCGUGACUGUGUGCAGGGAAACCAGUGAGGACAGAGUGGGAUUUCCAGGCAGUCAGAGGGACUAUCAGCACUCCUGGCUACCGAAGCCAAGCCCUGUGGCCUGCAGCUUUGUGGCAAACUCCUGGGUUUGGUUGAAAGGAGAGCUCUGGCUGCUCGUGUUGCCCCGAGUGCUGGCAGCUGGAGCCCUUGGUGGUGGGCAGGAACUGCCAGGGCUCAGCACAGCGCAGGAUCCGCCCGCGGAGCUUUGACGUCAGCGGCACUUAAAAGAAAAACUAAAAAAAAAUCAUGCUUAGUUUUGAUGACUCCGUUUUCCAGAGGAAGUCGAAAAAAAAAAAAGAAAGCAAAAAGCUCCAGCCCCCAAAAUACACAGAGGCAGAAGGGCUGGGGCCAGUGGAGGGGCAGGAGGAGGUGCCCAGUGCCCUCCACGGCCGGGCCCCCGCGGGAUGCAGGCACUGACCUCACGUGUGAGCAGUGCAACAUCAGGUGUAACAAAAGGCAACCUGGCAAUGAUCAGCGCCCUUCUCCUGCCUGCAGUGACUCAUGCUUUCACCUGAAAAACAUAUUCCCCGAGGAGGGUUUCCACCAGCACUUUUAAUGGGACUAUCCCACCGUGAAGGUUCUUGGAAACUAUGUGACUCUUGGAAAAACUUCCUGUAAUCUGGCAGCAGUCAAGUGUGUAGCCCACGGUGAGUUGUUCCAUCUCUUUCUGUUUCCAUUCUGACAGUAACUAUUCACAGAAU